UUUGCGUGUUUUUUAAUUCAAGAAGAUGGAUAAAGUAAAUUCUCGUUUUUUGGUGGGCUGCAUUAUGCUUUCAAUCUGACCAAUUGGCACUUUAAUCAACUCCAUUUACUGCUUUAAUGACCUGACAUUCUUGAUAUUUUUGAACUUCAUUCAUACCAAACUCUUUAGAUGGACUCCACCAAUGAGAGGCUACGGACUAAUUAAUCGUGAUCAGUUGUUGCUAAGAUGGGUCUUUUUGGCGUUAAUUCUGCAGUAUUCUUGUCUGUUGGAAGUUAAGGCCUGCAAAAGAGUAACAACCCACGAGCUUUUGCAGCUAGUUGGGCGGUUUAUGGAAGUUCUGAUUUUGACAACAGUCCAGAGGCAUUGCAUGAUGUUGUCCUUUCCAUCCUCUAAUAACUUCGCAAAGCUAAAAAUGUGUUACUGGGCACAUUUUUCUUAGUAAUAAUAAAAUUUUUCUAUGAAAUUCUGGUUCUUACGUGUUUCAAUCAUGCCAAAAUUGGUCAAAGCUUCCUUAUGUAAUUUUGCUUUAAUUAAAUUAAAAAUUUAUUUUUAUUGAAGUUCAUACUUACAGAAAUUCAUAAUGAGGCGAAAUAAAUGAUCCUUUAAAUGGAGGGGUUUUUUUUCGGGUAAUUUUAAAUGAAGGGUAUGUUAAUGUCACGGGAAAUUUUGGUGGAAUCUGAAGGUACGAUUAAAAUCAUGUAGGAUUUUUGCAAUUUCUAGCAUAACUUUUCCCAUAGGAAAAUUCAUCCUCUUUCACAGUUUCUUUGAGUGAAGUUUGAACAAUAUGAUCUCCAUUAGUAUAGAGGAAUUCCACUAUGUAAUAAAUUUCAGGUCUACAAUUAGGUUUAGAUGAAAUGAGGAAUUGAAUUCUUGAUAGUUGAUUUUCGUAGACUAACCAACCCCAACAGGGGAUAAUAACUUAGCUUAAUUGGUAAAUAACUGGCGACAUGUAUGAAUAUUGGCAAUCAUUGGCUGGUAUGAACCAGAAGAGUUAUUUAUUUGCUAGGAUGGAUACUGAAAACAGUGCCGGAAGUAAUCUUGACCUAGUCAAACAGAACUGAUAGAAUGGUGUUUAUGUGAAUGUGGGGAGAUCAUCACUUUGCACAGAUUUGACUGUUGGAAUCUUCAAGAUGGUGGUUCUUCCAGUUCUAGGUCAACUUUCAGAUGAUUAUGGUCGAAAGCCACUCCUCCUUGCAACAUUUUCUGCUGAUAUUCUUCCUUUCGCUGUGCUCGCAAUCAAUAAAUCAAAGGGGUUUGUGUAUGCGUUCUACGUUUUGCGGUUUGUUUCUCUGAUCUUCAGUCAAGGAAGUAUUUACUGCAUUGCUGCUGCUUACCUGGCGGAUGUUGUUGAUGACAACAAGAAGGCUACAGGUUUUAGCUGGAUGAUGGGCCUAAUUUCUGCAUCCCGUGUCCUGGGAAAUGUUCUUGCUCGUUUUCUUCCUGGGACUUGUUUUUUUGAGGUUGCAAUAGCCCUCCUGAUCUUUUGUCCUGUAUAUAUGACACUCUUUCUGGCUGAGACUAUAACUCCAGCUCCAAAGGUUGACCAGUGUCUGCCAUACUUCAAGAAGGCGUUUAAGCUUAUUCAAGAACAAUAUGACAAUAUCAGAUAUGCUGCGGGUGUGGUUAUUAGCAGCCCUACACUGAAGUCCGUUUCACUUGCUUUAUUCUUCUAUGAAUUGGGGAUGUCUGGCGCCACUAGCACUCUACUGUAUUAUCUGAAGGCGGCUUUUGGUUUUGACAAAAAUCAAUUUUCAGAAAUUUUGAUGGUGGUUGAUAUUGGUGCAGUCAUUUCUCAGUUGCUGGUGCUUCCGAUCAUCACCCCUUUGGUUGGAGAGAAACUUAUCCUUUGUGCAGCAUUACUCUCGAAUGCAGUAUAUGCCUUGCUUUUUGGCUUAGCCUGGGCACCAUGGGUAACCUACUCCAUUGCUGCUUUUGGAGUUGUUAACGUCCUUGUGAGACCUUCUAGCUUUGCUCUCAUAUCCAAAGCAGCAAGUUCAACUGAUCAGGGAAAGGCACAAGGAAUUAUUUUAGGCGUCCAGUCAUUUUCGAGUUUGUUGUCGCCACUAGCAAUGACACCACUAACCAACUUGUUCCUGUCAAGAGAUGCACCAUUCAACUGCAAAGGCUUCAGCUUUGUGUGUGCAUCUUUAUCUGUGGCUAUUGCACUUUGUUUCGCUUUUAUGUUGAAGCCAGAUACUUCGAAGAAACCCUUGGAGGUUGAUGCAGAACACAAUAAAGCACCACUUUUGUCAUAGCGUAUAUAUGGUGCCAAGGAGGAGUCGGCAUCCUCUGAAGCUGUAGAAGCAUCACUCUCGUCAUAUUGUCUGGUGCUAGUAACUCCAUUUAAACCGGUCGGCAAGUCCUUCAAUGCUGUGGUCUUUUUCCAACCUAGAGUUGUAUCUAUGAUUUGGUCUCAUUCUCAUGUAAUAUGGCCAUUGGCCUAUUUCUGAAUAAUUUGUGUGUGUGUGUGUGUGUGUUUCAAUCUAUAGUUCUGUUAUGCUUAAUUUGCAUUCCUUUCUGAGCGUGAUGCCUGAUUUGUACUCCAUUCAUUGACUGUUUUUCAAGUGAUUUCCUGGUCAUAAUUCACACUGGAUUCCUGAA